AUGUGCCAUGUUUCAGUUCUCAUUUUUGCGUUCUAUUUUAAGGUGCACGUCAGUGACAACGCUCGUGUCCCUGACCAUUGCUAUAUGUACGCGUUAAGCGAGAUCACAGAUAAAGAUUUCAAAUACAAGUGGAAACAUAAACAUGACGAAAGCUGCGAGCAGUGUGAAAGUCUUGAUUUAACGCUAAAGAAUAUAGAACAAGCAAUCGACGAGUGCACUUUUUCCUCGGAGGAAGAAAGAGACGAAACCCUGUAUCUAUUCACAUCUGCAGUGAGAGCCAUCAACUUGUGGAAAGGCCAUCAACUUCGGAGCGUUCGCAAAGACCAAGCCAGACUAGACGUGAUUAAUCUCCUAAAAGACGAGAAGACAGUGUACAUAGUGAAUGACUGGGCAAUGAAGUUCCUUCCCCAUCAAUACCGCGUAUCACAGUCAGAUUGGUUCGGGAAAAAGGAAAUCUCCUGGCAUAUCUCUGUCGUUUUUCGAAAAGCGAAUGGCCAAUUAGAGUCUCGAGGCUUCAUUCAUAUCAUUGAAUUUUGUAGCCAGGACAGUGCUGCCAUUGUGUUAAUCAUGCAGUAUGUCCGAAAGACCUUGGAAACCGAGAAUCCGAAAUUAAAGAGAGCAUUUUUCCGCCAAGACAAUGCCGGAUGUUAUCACUCAGCCAGCACAAUUCUUGCAUGCCAUCACAUCGCCAAGACAACAGGAAUAAAGAUUUCAAGGAUUGAUUUCAGCGAUCCCCAAGGGGGGAAAGGGUCAGCUGACCGUCUUGCCGCUACUUGCAAGUGCCAUAUCGGAUUGUUUGUAAACGAGGGUAACGACGUUACAAAUGCUGAAGAAAUGAAAAAUGCCCUGUUAUCACAUGGUGGUGUCGAGGGAGUAAGAGUGACUGUAGUACCGUACAUCGAUGAUUCUUUCGUCGCUCAGCUAGAUAAAAUCCCUGGAAUAAGUAAACUGAACAACUUUGAGUUCAAAGGAAGAAAUAUUGUUACAUGGCGAGCUUAUGAUGUUGGAAAAGGAAAAAGAAUAAGUUUAUCGAAGAUCCAAGGUAACCGUGUAUGCCGGGCCGCCGAGAGGUUGGCGGGGGCCCAGGGCAAAUUUUUUUUUAGGGGCUCCUAUCUAAAAAAUUUUUCCGGAAAAAUUUUUUCAGGAGAACAAGCAUCCCCCCCCCGUCUACAACUUUUUAGGUAAAAAAAAUUUCCGGACGCGUACGUUGCAAAUGCUUUCCAGGGACUUUAUCUCAUUUUUUUAUGCCAAAUUUCGGUACUUAGCCCAAAAACAGAUAUCUUGUCCUUUGCGCGGAAAUAUUUAACACACAAAAAAGACUGGGGCCCAACAUAAAAUUUUCAGGGGCCCCCAGCACCUCGGGGCCCGGGGCAAUCUGCCCCCCCCCCUGCACCCGUCUCUGCGGCCCUGCGUGUAUGGUUUUCUAACACAUUCCCUGGGGUAAUGGGUGUGGCAAUAGUCAUGGUGGACACUAAAAAGUAUGGGCGAAAAAGUUAGUUUGGGCAAAUGUAAAGGUAUCAUCCGACAAAAAUCUAUUAAAGCCACUACAAUUAUCUUUAAUUUCGCAUUAGUCCUACGACAAAUUGCCGUAUAAAGUGAGUGCCUUUCAUAGAGGGAGAAAAUUGCAUUAUGCAGCCACCGUUAAUACUUAGGGCACCAAAGUCAGAACACAUCAUCUGUUCGUAGUUCGUAGAGUAAUUAUAUUCUAUCUUAUUGUUGUAGAUAUAACCAUUAAUUGGAUCACUGUCGGGUUUUAAUCUGGAAAUUUUAAACUCGUUAAAUCAACAGCCGAAGACACAAAGCGAAACCAGCAACCUGUGACUACUGAAUUCGAAAAGGCCGUACAAGAAGAGGAGGCAGAAGAGAGUGAAUCACCAAUCUACUCUUGUCCUCAAGAAGGAUGA